AUGCCCCAGCGCCCACCACACCCAAACCAGCGCCCACCACACCCAAACCAGCGCCCACCACACCCAAACCAGCGCCCACCACAGAUGCCCCAGCGCCCACCACACCCAAACCAGCGCCCACCACACCCAAACCAGCGCCCACCACAGAUGCCCCAGCGCCCACCACACCCAAACCAGCGCCCACCACAGCCAGCACCCACCACGCCCAAACCAGCGCCCACCACACCCAAACCAGCACCCACCACGCCCAAACCAGCGCCUACUACAGCCACUCCGGGGCCCACUACAACCACCCCUAAGCCCACUACAACCACCCCUAAGCCCACUACUACCACUACCACCCCAGCUCCCACCACCACCACCCCCCUGAAGUGCCCUGAUCUGCCUCCCUCGCUGUCACUUACCAUUGAGGCAGACGUCAACGGGAAUGCUGAACUUAUCUGUGCCAUGCCUUCUGCGCCUGUGAAUAACAUCCAGGUGGAGUUUACGUGGCAGAUUGAGGGUGUCAGUGAAAAGUGGACCCGUGUUAUUGAAGCCCCGGACGUACAAGCCAGGCUUCCCGUCUCUGAACUUGACAUCAACUUGUUCAACAAGAGGAUCGUUUGCAAGGCUCAACUAAGCUGGAUGGUGCCUGGAGCUCCAGACUGUCCUCACUACAAAAUCAGCCAAGUGUUGAUCCCAACCCUGACGGUAACGACGACGUCCCAACUGGUGGUCAUUGAGGGCCGGGAGCCCGAGGUGGUCCAGGUCCGGCCUACGUGUCCGCCGUCCGCUCUGUGCAAGCCCGAGGACAACGGCCGGUGUACUGUACAGAUCACCACGGUCAUCACCACGCAGAGAAGGGAGAUCAGGUGCUCGAGAAGGGAAAUCAAACCCCAGGCUGUCCUGGGGGUGACCGACAUCAAGACAGGAAGCAGCAGCAGUGUAUGUGGCGUAGAAGUGACCAAAGACAACUGGCAGAAACCGGUUACCAUCCCUGUCAAGGCCACUAUAGAUAAGGUCAUCGACAGGGACCAGACCAGAGUUAUUCAAGUUUCCAUUAGAGUGACUGGCAAGAUCACCGGCACCACAGAAACUCACGAGAUAGGUAAAGUUCCUGUCAAGGCCAUUGACAGAGACCGACGUGCUCAAUGCUCAUCUGUCAACGACCCUCACAUGAAGACCUUCGACGGAGUUCGAUACAACAACUUUGUCCCCGGGGAGUUCGUUCUGUUCAAACACAAGACUUUACCGUAUGAGGUUCGCAGCAGGUAUCAACUUUGCAGUAGUAGAAGACCUACGGGUGCGACGUGCAACUGUGGCGCUGCUGUCAGAUCUGGUGAUGACGUCAUCGUGUUCGAGUCUUUUUGCCCACAGGCAUGAAAGUAACGAUAUCUCGAAGCAGACAACCUUUUAUCAAUAUUUACGUCACUCCUUCGUCCCCUGAUUUCGAACGCUCCGAAGGCUUGUGCGGUAACUACAACGGCAACGCCAGAGAUGACUUGGAAGGAGAAAGAAGUCGAGCACCGACAAAGUGGAACAUGAAGUGGAAGCGCAGCGAUACUUAUUUCCGGGGAGUGGCCGCCUACCCCUACCCGUCCCCUCCAGUCUACUGCAGCUGUCAGAGUAAUCAGAGCCCAGUUUGCAAAGCUGGCCUGGAUGUUUACAUGUGCACCACCCGGCGAAUUUCAGGCCUAGAUAUCACAUCCAUUUUGAUAAGAGGGGCAAGACGACCGAGUCUUUCAAACGGCCGAAACACUCAACGAAGGCACAAGAGAGCUGUAGAGGAUGACCCUGCUGACGUGGAAGAAGAAGAAGACAUGCCGACUAUGACUCCUGAAGAAGCAGUGCAGAACUGCUCUGACUACCUGAAUGCUUCUCCUCUGCUAGGAAAGUGUAGCUCCUAUAUCGAUAGCAACGCCACGGCGGAAAGUAUUCGAGAAUGUGCAGAAGAUCUGGAGGCCCUCGGAGACCCCACCUGGGCCCGCUCCCACCUGGACCACAUGCUGGAGGAGUGUAUGGAGAAUGUCCAGCUAGAGCAGGAGGAGGAAGAAGAAGAGAACAACUCCACAACAACAACUCCCAGCCCAGCCCAAAGCCUUAUACAAAAUCUCUGUGUUGAUGACUGUGGAGACCACGGGGACUGUGUUGCGGACUCCAGAGAAGAAGCGUGGAGAAGCUGACCUUGUCAGCAUGUAUCAAGUUAUCUGCCGAGAACCGGAGAGUGAGCUAAAGGGACGUAAGGCAAGAAUCACCAUCAGUAACGACGGGGAGGAGGAGAGCGAGGAGAGUUAUCUGCGCGUGGUUUACAAAUCAUCGUGUGAGUCAUGUCAGCUGGAUUCAGACGGAUCGAAGAAGUGCACUCCCAAGACCGACAUCUGUAUCAUUGGCGGCGAAUGCUAUGCCAGGAACCAAGUUAGUGAGAAAGACGGUUGCUACUUCUGCAACCCUGACGUCAGUACCAGUCAGUGGGACAGAUCCAGUGACCCUGGCUGUGGGCCAACUGUGUGCCCACCCCCGGAAGCGACGGCGCAGCCUGUCCAGGCCGGCAACUCCGACAGUGACACGGACACCGUCAUCAUCGUUCUUGGUGUACUUUGUGGAGUGAUGUCCCUUGUUGCUAUGGCAGCUACCUACACAGCCUGCAAAGGAAGGAGAAAGCCGCAACAAAAGCAUGUCCAGUUAGAGGAACAGUCACCCAAGUUCGACAUUCACAGACGCAAUGUUACCGACCCGACCAGACACACCUACGGCAACAAUGCUUACGACAAUGAUGAUAAUGUUGAAAAAUGAGCACUAAUUGAUUGCCCAUCCCUUGUUUUAUAUUUCCCUGUCUUUCUCUUCUUUCAAAAACGUUACCGUCGUCAACAUGAAGCACGUUGCAGCACCCGAUGACGGGCCGCCAUUUUCCACAGUUUGUUUAAUUGUUAUGGAACGACUUAUAUCAGUGUAAUUUACCUUCUUCUUUUCUUUUUGGCGAGAAGAUUAAAAUGUGCAUAGAAUGCGUGCCUUGAAUAGGACGUUUUUGCAGAAUUAAUACAAUAUUACUACGGUGUUAUUUUAAUCCAUGCCAUUGUUUUUAACCUGUAAUCUGGGGAAUAGAGAAGAUGUAGACCUUUUUUUAACAUUUCAGAUUCAAUCUUGGACUGGUUGGAAGUCAAUGUGAGAUUCUUGCAAAUGGCACUGAUUUAAAAGACGCCAUUAUUUUUCCGACAGCCUUGACCUUUAAUGUUGAUUUCACCCAGUACUUGGGCAAGGGCAAAACAGUCAAAUACGGCUCUGGCCCUUUUUUAAGAGACUCAAAGGGUCAAAGGGUACUUUUAAUGCACUUUCAAUAGUCAAAAAAAUUCUGGCGGCGUCAUUAUUUCGCAGAUAAGGUGUUUUAACACUUUAGGGUGUAGAAAGUUCCGUUACUUCGUUGACUCAUGUCUAUAAUUACAAGCAGCUAACACUGAGAACUCUCUUGCCACAUAAAAUAUUGAUUCAUAAAAAAUUAGAUUCAGACCAAUCAAAAACACAGGAAAAUAAACUAGUAGUCUCCUUCAGUAAACCACAUGCGUCUAGUGCUGGCAAUGCCAUUGAUCUUUUUUUUUAAAAUGAUAUAUCUGUUUAUUACUCACAGACUCCUUCUAACCUGAGCUAUACGAUUGCCUUAGAAGCUAUGCAGUAAGGGAUUGUUUGUUUUUGGGGAGGGAGGGGUUGCUUUAAAAUAAAAUCUGAUUUGUAGAAACAGUGAUAAAAUUUGAUUUAUCAUUUAUGUAUUUUUACUUGCCUUAAAUUAUUCAGCUUUUUUUGUACUUCGUAGCGGAAAACUUGCGGACGGGAGUCAUGGAUUUACAGUUUUUUCGAACAUUGUUUGUUCGUUUUGUUUCAUUUUGUUUGUUUAUCUGGGUUGUUUUUUGUGGAAAUUCAAAUUAUUAAAAUGGAAAGGUGUCCUCACUAAUUUUCCAAAACAAAAGAAUUAAUUUAAUACAAACUAUAGUAUAGGAUUAACCGGCGGAGACAAUAAAACUCUGAUGGUGAUGAUUUCCCUGAUCCAUUUGGGUAAUGACCUCUAUUGGGUCAGAUUUCGGUUCUGUUUAACGCCCCAAAUAAGGUGAUGAUUUACGAGGCCCCCGUUGUUUUCCGAAAUUGACCAGUAUCAGAGACUCUCCACUCUCAGAAAUAAAAACUGUGGAACUGCACCAGUCAUCGAACCCCUGAACCUUGGGAUAAUGAGACAAGUACUCUACAAGCACUACAACACUCUGACUUUCAAGCUAAGGAAAUCUAGUUGCCAAAAGAUCAAUUUCAAAGGAGCAGAAUUGAUGUCAAAGCGACAGUUGCUAUGUUGUUACCCAAGCCCAUUGAUUAUUCCUGCCUGAUUCUUCCAUACAUUUGAACUUUCCUGAAAUUAAGUUUUCGAAGAUUUUUUACACAUUAUUAUCUUCAGGAAAAGGUCUUUUGUGGGGGGUUUUCUUGGGGUUUUUUCUUGGUUUUUUCGGGGUUUUUUCUUUAGGGGGGGGGGUGAACGAGGUAAAAUAAAGAAAAAAUGUUUAUAGUGCUUCAAAAUUGCCAGGGUUUUCUUUUUCAAAACAAUUAUCAGUAUUUCCAUUGUAGUGCUUGGAAUAGUGUGUUAAUAUCUUACCAUCUCUGAAUGCGGCCAUCACAGCCACUAGAUUAUCAGGUUAAAACUAUUAUGUGCCUUCUAGUAUGCAAUAUGCCUACUCAAAGAGCAGCAAAUUUGUUACUAUGUUUAUGCAAUACCGCCAGACAGUCUUAACUUAAACGACUUAGACAUUUUUGAAAUUCAAAUUGACAUUUUCCUCGAUACCAAAAGAAAAACUUACAGUUCUAUUCGAUGUUUUUCUAUAACACAUCUCUGCUUAAUAAAGUCAUAAAGUUGUA